AUGAGAGGCGCAGCGUCUUCCAUACUGUGCCUCUGCUUCUUGCUGACAACGGCUCCAUCAUGGGUGUCUUCCUUUCAACCGUCUUCUUCGAAUGGAAGAUUCUUGUCCGUGCCAUCUCCUCUACAUCCUUCAUCGGGAGCUCGACCAAACUUCUUUCCUGAUGAGAAUCCUCCUUCACAAUCAUCGUCUGCCAACAGCCAUGGCGGUAUUACUAGUAGCACCAGUCUCAACAGUUUCAUGGGAUCUGAUGGGGGACUCUUUGGUAUUGGCACUCCAGAGCUUGCCACAAUUCUAUUGGUUGGAUACUUUGUGCUGGGACCAUCCGACCUGUACAAACUGGUCAAGGAGAUUGGAAAGUUUAUUCAAAAUAUUCGAACGCUAGGGACCGAAGCAACCAAAACAUUUGAGAAUACCAUGGAAUCCCAAUUGGAGCUGAAGGAAAUUCGAAAAGCACAACAAGAAUUGAACGACGCGUUUUCCUUUCGAAGAUCCAUCAAUGUCGACACAGAAGCGGAAGUGUUUUCCAAUUCGGCAGCGACAGCAACAGGACCUGUCCCCGAAACGGCUGCAGCAGCAGCAGGCGCCGCCGCGGCAGCUACCAGUACACCCUCAGCCACAGCAGCGACAGAUACAUCAGAGGAGGCAGCAGCACCACCCAAACGCAAAAAGAAGCGUCGACGGGUCAAGAAAAAGGCGCCACCCACAGCGGUCCCAGAAAUGGAAAGCAGUACCGGAAACGUUCCCGACUUGGACAUGAGUGAUGCAUUUCCAGCUGCAGACACCACCACCACCACCAAACCAGCCGUCAAGAGCGACGACGAUUGGUUUGCCGAUGGCUUUCCGUCGGCUUCCGACAUGGCCAAGGAGGAUAUGGCAUGGCUGGCGGCCGACGACACGAAUGCAACAACCACCACCACUGUAGAACCCAAAGAUCCCGCCAUGGCUGCGGCAGAACAAAGCCGGUUCCAGCAACAACUGAGUGGAAAUUGGAAUGAAAAGGUAUUGGACAAUGAAGACAGUCUUGCACCGUUGGCGGUGAUCAUGGAAAAAUUGGCAUUGCUCGAGGAAGAAAGGGCAGCGGCAGACAAGAGACUGGAAGAUGAGUUCCGACAACGAUUCCAAUUGGAAGAAGACUAUUAUCAAAAGAAGCGAGAUCUAUUGGAGGAAACGGCUGCCAAAGUGCAGGAAAAUGCCUAUGUCACCAUGGAUAGUGGUAGCAGUGACAGCAAGAAAAAGUAA